GACCAACCUCCUGUCGGAACGCCGGCGUCGCAGCCGUCUGGCGAGCUUCUGGCGCGUGCGCGCUUGGUGCGAGGCCUGGUGGCACUCGGGCCGCGAGGACAGCGACGACGAGGAGGAGAGCCCCAGCGAGCAGGGGGGCCAGGGGUGCAUCACGCCCCUGUCGCUCGACACGCCGCUGCAGAGCUCCGUGUCCAGGUGCACGUCGCUCAACGUCAUCAGGGAUUCAUACGGCCCAGGCGUCCGCGAUCACUCAUUCAUCCAGGCCAAUAUAACCCCCACCCGCCUGGCCCCGAGAGACUCCCGAAGUCUGCCGACAGGCAAUCGGCUUGGGGCGAAGUCUCUCUCCUCCGACAGCGUGUACACCAUUCUCAUUCGGUUGCCUGGUGACCCGCUAGAUGGUGACGCGUGCAGCGAGGCGCCAUCUAUCAAGAUGAUCCCAGAGGUGCCCCACAAAAAGCACGAUGACGAUGACCACUUCAUCCUGAACAGUUCCAAUCAAGCGAACCACGUGAACAGGCGGCCGUCGGCCAUGCCAGACAUCCGCAUCCCUCUCAACGCCAAGAUCAUCCCCAAACAGCUGGCCGGCAAGACGUUGCUGGCCAACGCCACCAAGAACCAGGGCAAGAAGAAAAAGAAGACGCAGGAGAAGCGCGCAGACAAGAAGGCUGCCAAAACGCUCAGCGCCAUCUUGCUCACGUUCAUCAUAACAUGGACGCCCUACAACAUAAUGGUCCUGCUGAAACCAGUGACGUCGACGAGCACCCACAUCCCGCCGCAAGUGUGGGACUUCUUCUACUACCUGUGCUACAUCAACUCGACCAUCAACCCGAUGUGCUACGCGCUGUGCAACGCCAGCUUUAGGCGCACGUAUCUGCGCAUCUUGCAGUGCAAGUGGCACAACAGGAAUAGGGCGGCCAUGAAUAGGGGGUUCUACAACUAG